AUGGUUCUGUCAGAUGAAGAAUAUAUAGCUGAAAGCAGAGAUCCAACUCCAGAACCAACAAUGGAAAUUAUAGAAACUCCUACUCCUACUCAUGGAAUUCUGAAAAAAACAGAAAUAAUUGAGGAAGAAACACAAUUAAAAGGAGAGAAUAUAAAGAAGGAAGAGAGAGUGCCGGAUAUGCAAUUAGGAAGAUGUCGAUAUGUACGUCUUCAUGAUAAUGUCAAUUAUGUAGCAGCUGCAUUAAUUUUACGUGAAAACGGGUCAAAUUUGGAAGUUCUGUUAAUUCAAGAGGCUAAAAAGAGUUGUUAUGGAAAAUGGUACAUGCCAGCCGGACGUGUAGAAGCUGGAGAAACAUUAGAGGAAUCUGUAAAACGUGAAGUUUUGGAAGAAACUGGUUAUGAUUGUGAUGUCAUCGAGCUCCUUUCACUGCAAGUUCAAGGCAGUGGAUGGUAUAGAUUUUCAUUCUUUUGUAAAAUAACAGGUGGUUCAUUGAAAACAACUGCUGAUAUUGAAUCUCUGGCUGCUCAAUGGUUUCCCAUCGAUGAUGUUCUCAAACGCAAGAUGCCCUUAAGAGGGAAAGACUUCCUGAAGUUGGUAGAAGAAGCCGUAACUUAUGAAAAAAUGAAAAAAUUCGAAAACAUUCCUCGAAUUUUACCUCAAAACGUCAAUAUGCCUGGAUUAUUCGUUGAAUUUAUGAUUGUUCGACACAGCCUUGAUGAAUCUCGCACGGAAGUUUUGGUUCACAAAUCUAUACAGGAUGAAGAAAUGUUACGAAUUCAUGACCAACCCUUUCCAACUGUCGAAUUCGGCUUUGAAUAUUUCUUCGCUAUGGUCAUUUCCAAAUGUUAUAGGCAUUUGUUAGAAGAAGGUGCAAAUGUGGUAUUUGCUCCAUCUCAUGUUGUUCGAGUUCGCUGCCAUCCAAAACCGAUGGAAAGCCUUGCUCAUGGAUUAGCUGUUCGUUUGUAUUGUUUGCACAAGAAAAGCACUACGAAAGCUAUGAUACGCUCACCCAGAUAUCACUGGAUCCAGGUUGAUAAUGCUGAAACGCGCGAACAACUUUGUUUAAAUAAAAAUCAAUAUCGGCCAACUCUUCAGAUGUUAUGA